AUGCAAGAUUUAGACACUUCGCUUUUAGAGCAUCAGAUGAAAUACUGUGGACAGAUACUUCAGAAAUUAAAACGUAAUCAAAAUGCCUUUCCUUUUCUUGAACCUGUUGAUCCCAUUAAAUAUGGUAUUCCUGACUACCCUUUAAAAAUUAAGUAUCCUAUGGAUCUUUCUACUGUAAAAAAGAAGUUAGACAGUAAGGUGUAUAAUACUCCUGAGAUGUUUGAUUCUGAUAUAAAAUUAAUGUUUAAUAACUGUUAUACAUACAAUCAUCCUUCUUCUGAUGUUUAUCUUCUUGGUAAGAAGCUUGAAGAAUACUAUGACGAGUUAUUUGCACUACUUCCCAUGGAAAUUUCUAAAAAGAGAAAGAGGCCUGAAAUGUCUUUAGAAAGAUCUAAACAAGUAAAACGUACUAUAAGAAGUGGUGAUACAAUGAAAAUAGAUGAUUAUGAGUUCUGUAUAGAAGUAUUAAAUGAAAUAUUAAAAUCUAAAUAUAAAGGGUUUGUAUGGCCUUUUUUAGAACCAGUGGAUGAAAAUUUACUACCACAAUAUUACGAGAUAAUAAAAAAUCCUAUGGAUUUAAAAAGUAUAAAAGAUAAAUUAGAUCUUAAAUCUUAUAAAGGGGUAGAUGAGUUUAGUAAUGAUUUAAGAUUAAUAACAGAAAACUGUCAUAAAUUUAAUGAUCAAGGAUCAGAUGUUUACAGAUGUGGAACAGAGUUAAAUGAACUAGUAAAUUCUUUAUUAGCGAAUUAUGAACCAAAAGAUCUAAAAGGAAGGAUAUUAGAAUUAAAAAAGAAGAUAGUACAGUAUACUAAAGAAGUUAAAGCAUUAGAAAGUAAGUUAAGAGAUAAAAAUGAUGGAUCACCUGUUACAGUAAAAAAUUAUAGUUUAAAUGAAAGGAUUGAACUUGGUAACAGAAUAUUAAAUCUUAAUAAAAUACAAACUGAUACAGUAGCUAAGAUUAUACAGAAAUAUAGUGCAGGAGAAUAUGUAGAGAAUAAUGAAAUAGAAGUAGAUUUAAGAAUUCUUCCUGAUAAUGUAUAUGAAGAGAUUGAUAUGUAUAUAUCUAAUAUUGAAAUAGGAUUAGAAGAGAAUAAUGAGGGGGUAUAA